UUAGUUCCUAUUUAGCCCGACGGUCCCUGUCGCACAUUCUGCAUUGCAUUACUGUCGCCCUGUCGCAUUCUUUUUCUUCGGUCUGGAGCAAAGCACUCCCCCCACGUUCUUUAUAAUAAUCAAGACCUGCCCCUCCGGCGAGACGCUCUCUCCUUUGCGCCUCCUAGUUUGUCCCGACACCUUGCAAUCGCCAGUCACUCAUUUCGCCUUUGCGACACACUGCGCCGGUCCGGCAUCGCGCCGUCUCAUUCAAUCCUUACUUGACAUUCUACCUGUCUAUAUUGACUCAUCGGCCUCUUCUAGUCCCACAGGGCUGUUAUCGCACUGCCGGAUAACUAUAUCAUUAUUUAAACUUAUAAGACCACUUCACUUUCGCCGCAACUAUGAAAUUCGGCGCCCUCACUUCGUCUAUUCUCUGCCUGGCCGCGACCCAGUUUGUCGCUGCAGAAACCUCCACCUCGACGUUGACCAACACCAUUACCAAGACUCUUGUCCGAGUCAGUACUGUGACAUCUGCGGAUGACGCUGCGUCGACUACCGUCAAUUCUCAUGUCCUCCCCGUCAGCGUGACUGUCCCCUCCAGCAGCGGAUUUGUCUCCAGCGCUGUCGCGAGCACUUCAGUGCGAUCAGCAAGCUCCACGUCUGCCACCUCAACCGCUUCGGCAACUCCCUCCAUUCCCUUGAGCACGGGAGCGGCGAGCAUCUCCGAUGCCAACAUGUCGGCUGCUCUGAUCGCUGGGUCUUUUGCCCUCUUCGUGGGCUACUGGUGACGAUGAUACUUUACUCUUGGCUGCCCCUUACACCUAGGUCUAGCAAGAAGGCAGUAGGUACGGGAGGGCAGUACGGACAUAAGCGGCCAGGGGUGUUGUGUUUUCACACAACGAGAUCAAAGCUCCACAGCACACUGGUGGUCCUAUGGACUGAAUAAUGAAUGUACGAUUUUAAUGAAAACAAUGCAUUCGGUGUAGGUUGUUAGAUACAGAAACAAUGAGGAAG